CGCAGUGUCAACAACAAAUCCAAACAAAACGCGAUUGCAACGUUUUCAAUUUUGUGAAAUUUGAUUAGAAGAAAAAAUCAAACCAAAAUGUCCAGCGAGGCUGCCCCCGCGGAGGCAGCAGAGCAGCAGACGGGGCCCGCGGCCACCAGCGAACAGAAGGUGGUGUCCCCGGGGAAGAAGGGUCGCCACCGGAAGAAGCACAAGUACAACGCGAUCCGGCAGCAGAUGGAGUUUUACUUUUCCGACGCCAACCUGGCCAAGGACCGGUACCUGAGCCAGUGCAUCAAGGAGGAUCCUUUCAUUGCCCUGGAGGAGUUCCUCAAGUUCAACCGGAUCAAAACGUUGACCGACAGCGUGGAGGACAUCGCGGUCGCGUUGAAGAACUCCGAGCUGCUGGAACUGUCGGAGGAUCGCACGAAGGUGCACCGCGUGACCGAGUUUCGGGAGCGUGUAAACUGCGAAGACUGCACGAUCUACGUGGAAAGUCUGCCGCCGAAGGCGGACCACGAGUGGGUCCGGAACGUGUUCUCGGCGUACGGGAAGGUGGUGUACGUUUCGCUGCCAACGUUUAAGUAUUCCAAGAAGAUUAAGGAGUUUGGGUUUGUGGAGUUUGAAGAGGAGACGAGCGUGCAGAAGGCGAUCAAGACGUUCCAGGCGUUUGGGGGCGUGCUGACCUUCGAGGACACGGAGCCGGAGAAGUUGCUCAGUAUUAGCAGCUUCGGCAAGGAGAAGGAGGAAGAGGCUAAGAAGGAGAAGGAGGAAGCUAUUGCCAAGCCGGAUGAUGGUAAGCCUGCGGAGGAGCAGGAUGCAAAGGAAGAAUCGGUUGAACCUCCGGCGAAACGGGUUAAGAAGUGUGAGGACGAUACAUCCGACGGGGAACCGACCAAGGACAGCGGAAACGAGGAGUCGCACAGCGAGGUUGAGGGUGACAAAAAGGACGGUGAAGAGGGGGACAAGAAGAAGCGUCGUCGAAGGAGGGGACCCAGCGGAGUGAAGAAGGAGAUUCAGCAGGACGAUAAGGUGUACGAGUUAAAGAUCAUGUCCAAGAAGGAGUGGCGUCGGCUCAGGAACAAGUACCUGAACCUGCAGCGUGUCGAAGCGAAGAAGCUGAAGAAACUUUUUGCCACCUCGAAUAACAAGGUCGCCAACAAGGUUCAGCAGAGUCGAACCCCAAAUCAAACCGCAGGUUCAAAAACCGUUAAAUCCUCACCCCGUGUCAACUUCUACGGCGCGCUCACCGACGAGGAAGCCGCCGCCGAGGUGACCAAGUUCGAGGAGCACGACCAGCAGAACAAGCAACCGCUGUUCUCCUUCGAGCCGGGCCUCAUCGUCAACAUCCGCUUUCGCGUGCCCUGCGCCAACGUGAAGGACUUCAAGGCCGAGCUGAAGCAGUUCCCGUACGUAAAGUACAUCGAUCUGAAGGAGGGCGAUUCGCAGGCGUUCGUGCGGGUGGACAAACCCUGCUCGGCGAACGCCCUGGUCAAGGAGUACAGCAUGGCCGAGUACAGCGCGCAGAUUCUGAGCGGCGAAACGGAGAAAAGCUACUGGGAUAAGAUCAAGGGCGACCGCGAGGACAAGCUGAACAAGAAGGUCAAGGUGGAGAAGGUUCGCGGCAGGUCGAAGCUCAUGAAGAAGGUCAACACGCACAUCAAGUUUGAUGAUGAAUAAUAGCAUCCUCAACAACUAAAU